AUGGCCACCGGAUCUGUCCAUUUUGACCUCAAGGAGCUUGCGGAAAUAGACAUGGAACUGCCCAUCCAGAAAGCCAUCCUGGAUGAAGUCCUCACAAAAGAUCCCUUCACCCCCGUCCCAGGAAUAAUCAACAUGCGUUGUCUCGGUAGUCUCCCCUCGUCACGCAUUCGAAAGGGCCUCAUAUACCGUUCCGGAGCGCUCAACAACCUCCCACUGUCCUCACUCUCCACGCUGAAAGACGAUCUCGGCAUUAAGCUCAUCUUGGAUCUGCGAACCCAGCGCGAAAUCACCCGCUCUCCCAACCCCGCUAUCGCCGGAGUAACGAACAAGCAUUUCGAUAGCUUGAGGGUGCCGAGCCCCCUGGAUUUGAGCGAGUUCGUGGAGGAGGGCGGGAAGAAAGGCUAUGUGAAAAUGUACGAAGAGGUGCUUGAGAUCCACCAGCCGAGCAUUAGGGCGGCGCUGGAGUGGGUGAGGGAUGAGGGGAGCCCUCUGCUUUUCCACUGUACUGCCGGGAAGGACCGCACCGGCGUGCUCGCGGCCAUUCUCCUUUCCCUCGCAGGCACACCCAAGGAAGCCAUCGCGCAUGACUUCGCACUCACCCGCAUCGGCAUCGAGCCAGCGCGUGAGCUGCUUCUCCAGAUGCUCAAGAUGUGGAACAAGGAGUGGACGGCCGAGACACCAGGGAUGAGGGAGUUCUCGCAGAUCAAAGAGGAGUACAUGCUCGGGACGCUGGAGAUGAUGCAAGAGAAAUACGGAGGCGCAGAGGGGUAUGCGAAGCGGCUGGGGUUUGCGGAUGAGGAUUUGGAGAAGAUUAGGAAGGGGUUGAGGGGAGACUAA